GCCUCAGUUCUGGCCGGGCCUUCACGCUAUUCAGUCGCGUCCCCGGAAACGCUGAAACCCAGGCUUCUCCGAUGCCCCCGGUCUUCUCCCCCAGGCGCUCGUAAAGCCUUGGAUUUUUUUACUCAGGGAUACUGCAUUCAGGUCGACUGUUAAUGACUUGUGCCAUGAUUGAUAUUGUAGGAAGAUAUUACUGAACUGACGACAAACUGACAAAUACAGGAGCGGUGCACGUGUGACAUUUUAUAUAUAUACGCUCGUUUAUCGAAAUACGCGAAGUGAAUUUCUUGAAGACUCAAACAGCGUAAGACUGAGGAUUGCUCUUGCUGACUAACUCCCAUGACAAGACUCAGUAUGACCCGCUUACUUCUAAUGGUUUCGGCGGCGCUGUGCAUUGUGGCAUCGGCUGCGAAUCAAGACGCGUCCGAGUAUCCUGAGGGUUACUACGCCUUUGAGGAAGCCCCCGGGAAGACGCCACCGAAGGUCCGGAAGCCUCCUUACCUGCAGUCGAAGAUUCCUUGUCCCGGAGCCCUGGAGACAGACGAGGAGGCUAAGCAGAGCCUCAACAACCUGUGCGGCGACCUCAACGAGGGGCGGCUCCCCCUCAACCCCAUGGGACAGUCGGUCCUCGGGCACUCGUACCCCUUCGACCUGAUAAAGAACAUGACGCUAGACUUCUUCAGCAAGACGCUGCCGAUCCUUAAGGAGGACAAGACGCUGCCCAAAGUGGCCAAGCUGAGGAGCCGCAACGUCCCCCUCAGAGACCAGUUUCGCGUGAUCCGGCGCCCCAUCCGCUCCGCUGGCGACGACCCCCCCGCCGACGCUCUGCUGCAGGAGAGCGAGACAGAAGGCGCGAAGGAACCUGCGAUCGUGACGGAAGCGGAGGCCGGGGCGGAGGCCGGGGCGGAGGCCGGGGCGGAAGGCCGAUCCCUGGGCGACGCCUCUGCCAGGGGCGCCAGGUCCUUCUGCAAAAACAACUGGGGCCUAUUCUGCCUCCUUUACAACACUAUGUCUGGCAAGCCUACGUCCGAAGGCGUGGCUCAGGACCGCUACGACGAGGACUUCGACAGCUCGCUCAACGGACUCGGAGGAAACCUGGGCGGGAUGCAACCUCUCACGCCCUGUCCUUCCGCCGUAGAAUACAUCACACCCGUUUUCGCCAGGAAUUACCAAGGCGUGUGGCGCUACGUGGUGCAGAUUCCCUAUGAGGGAUACUUCACACAGACGGUCGAAGUUACUCAGUGUUUGUCUGGCAAAUGCUAUUACCUUUCUGGCGCGUGUCUGGCCUCGCCGCGAUGGGUGUCGCUCUUGGUGGCCGAGAUCUACUACCCCGACGUCGUGUUCCCGACGGCGACCGGAAAGCGACCCAACUUCAGCCGCGCUGCCGUGUCCUCCGACGGGCCCCCCACGCCCUUCCUGCAGCAGCGGCAGGGCGUCGCAGGAACCACCAGCCCCGUCACGCCCCACUACUGCGACGGCCAGGACGAAAUCGGAUGUUUCCAGGUACGGCUCUACUACGACUGGUUCCUCAUCCCCGGGUCGUGCAAGUGCUGGAAGCAGGAUUAUUUCGCCCAGUUCGCUUACCGGAAGUAGACAGUCUUCGUCACGUCUGAAACAGCCCAAUUCUGCACAUUGCCAGUUGCUUUCGCUCACUUCUGUCCGUUUCUCUUUCUCUUCACCUAUUUCCUUGAUUCUUCUUCUGUUGAGCUGCGGAAUUUCCGGAGGACCAGUCUCUUUAUCCCAGGAGGAAUCGAAUAGUCAGUUCUGUUGUACAAAAAGAAUUUCCUCAGAAAC